AUGGCUAACCUUCCGCACGAUCGAGAACCCCGAAGCCGGGAAAUGAAAGUACUGAUCCUUGGUUUAGCCCGCACCGGCACGUCAUCUCUCACAGCCGCCCUCCAAAAAUUGGGAUACAAGCCCUACGACUGGCCUGACCGAUGUAUGCUCGGUCACCUCCCUCGGUGGACCGAAGGCCUCCAAGCGAAAUACCUGGGCCGUGGCUAUCCUCUCGAAGUCGACGAGAUGGACCAGCUCACCAGUGACUUUGACGCAAUCAUCGACACCCCCUGCUGCCUCCUGGUUGACGAACUAAUAGCCGCCUACCCCACCGCAAAGGUCAUACUAAACUACCGCGAUCCACACAGAUGGCUCGAAUCAAUGCAAGACACUGUAUUCGCCGCCGCGCGAUGGCCAUCCUGGAGAAUCCUGGCAUACACGGAUCCGCACUACGCAGGAGCAAUCGUGCAGCAUCAUAUUACUCUGUGGGAUGAGAUCUGGGGAGGAGAUGAAGGAAAGAGAUGCCUGGAGAUGUUCGUCGAGCACUACAAUUAUGUUCGGAAGGUUGUGCCGCCAGAGCGACUGCUGGAGUAUCAAGUGCAGGAAGGAUGGGGACCUCUGUGCCAUUUUCUGGAGGUGGAGGAGCCCAAGGAACCAUUUCCGGUUGUUCAUACGGGGGCACAGUUUAUGAGGACUGCUGCGAGGGGAUGGAGGGACGGUGUUGGGAGGAGCAUUCGAAAUGUAGCUGUAGCAGCUGUCUGCGUGUGGAUUUUGGCGCAUGGGUUCUACUGGGGACAGGGGUACUUUCGAGAUGAGUGA